CUGGGAGCCACAGGGGGUGGGGCCAAAAAUCAAAAAAAGCGCGGCGAGAGCUGGAGGCCAGAGUGAGUUGCGGGGUGGUAGUGGUCCCCCGUCGGGGCUGCGGCCGGCCGUGAUGGACUCCACCGCCUGCUUGAAGUCCUUGCUCCUGACCAUCAGUCAGUACAAAGCCGUUAAGUCAGAGGCAAACGCCACUCAGCUUUUGCGGCACUUGGAGGUAAUUUCUGGACAGAAACUCACACGACUGUUUACAUCAAAUCAGAUAUUACCAAGUGAAUGCUUGAGUUGCCUUGUAGAGCUACUUGAAGACCCAAACAUAAAUCCUUCACUGAUCUUAAGUAUUAUCAGUUUGCUAUCUCAACUAGCUAUAGACAAUGAAACCAGAGACUGUCUUCAGAAUACAUACAAUCUAAAUAGUGUGCUGGCAGGAGUGGUUUGUCGGAGCAGCACCAGCCACGAUGAUUCGGUGCUUUUGCAGGGCAUUCAACUUCUGCAGAGGUUAACAUAUAAUGUCAAAAAUUUCCAUCCUGCUGCCAACAUAGAUGAAUUAAUUAUAUUCCUCAUAGAUCAUAUUCAAUCUUCUGAAGAUGAGUUAAAAAUGCCUUGCCUAGGAUUAUUGGCAAAUCUUUGUCGGCACAAUCUUUCAGUUCAGACACACAUAAAGACAUUGAGUAACGUGAAAUCUUUUUAUCGAACUCUUAUAACUUUGUUGGCCCAUAGUAGUUUAACUGUGGUUGUGUUUGCACUUUCAAUAUUAUCUAGUUUGACAUUAAAUGAAGAGGUGGGGGAAAAGCUAUUCCAUGCUCGAAACAUUCAUCAGACUUUUCAACUGAUAUUUAAUAUCCUCAUAAAUGGUGAUGGUACUCUAACUCGAAAGUAUUCAGUUGACCUACUGAUGGAUCUCCUGAAGAAUCCUAAAAUUGCUGAUUAUCUUACCAGAUAUGAGCACUUUUCUUCAUGUCUUAAUCAAGUAUUAGGUCUUCUUAAUGGGAAGGAUCCUGAUUCUUCUUCAAAGGUUUUAGAAUUACUUCUUGCCUUCUGUUCAGUGACUCAGCUGCGCCAUGUGUUCACUCAGAUGAUGUUUGAACAGUCUCCAUCUGGCAACGCCAUUCUGGGAAGCCAUCCUAAACGUUUAGAACCUAGUGUGGCUCUACUUCGUUGGUUAAGCCAACCUUUGGACGGAUCGGAAAACUGUUCUGUGUUUGCACUGGAAUUGUUCAAGGAGAUAUUCGAGGAUAUCAUAGAUACUGCUAACUGUUCCUCAGCUGACCGUUUUGUGACCCUUCUACUGCCUGCAAUCCUUGAUCAGCUUCAGUUCACAGAACAAAAUCUAGAUGAGACUUUAAAAAGAAAAAAAUGCGAAAGAAUGAUCAAGGCUAUUGAAGUUUUAUUAACUCUGUGUGGAGAGGAUACUCUGAAAAUGCAUGUUGCAAAAAUUCUGACUACUAUCAAGUGUACCACUCUGAUAGAACAGCAGUUUACAUAUGGCAAGAUUGACUUGGGGUUUGGAACAAAGGUAGCAGAUUCAGAAUUAUGCAAACUUGCUGCUGAUGUAAUUUUGAAAACUCUUGAUUUGAUGAACAAACUUAAACAUUUGGUUCCUGGUAUGGAAGUAAGCUUCUAUAAAAUCCUUCAGGAUCCACAUUUGAUUACUCCUUUGGCUUUUGCUUUAACAUCAGAUAAUAGAGAACAAGUUCAGUCUGGACUGGGAAUAUUACUGGAAGCUGCUCCACUGCCAGAUUUUCCUGCUUUAGUGCUUGGAGAAAGUAUAGCAGCAAACAAUGCCUAUAGACAAGAAACAGAACAUACACCCAGAAGAAUGCCUUUACAAUCAUUAAAUCACAGUUUUCCCACAUCAGUAAAGUGUCUAACUCCUCCCCUUUUGAAAGAUAGCAUUCCUGGAUUAAACAUUGAGGAAUUAAUAGAGAAACUUCAGUCUGGAGUGGUGGUAACGGAUCAAAUUAAUGAUGUGAGAAUAUCUGACAUAAUGGAUGUAUAUGAGAUGAAACUAUCUACAUUAGCUUCCAAAGAAAGCAGGCUACAAGAUCUUUUGGAAGCAAAAGCUUUAGCCCUUGCACAGGCCGAUAGACUGAUUGCUCAGUAUCGCUGUCAAAGAACUCAAGCCGAGACAGAGGCACGGACACUUGCUGGUAUGUUGAGAGAAGUUGAGAGAAAAAAUGAAGAGCUUAGUGUGUUGCUGAAGUCACAGCAGGUUGAAUCAGAAAGAGCCCAGAGUGAUAUUGAGCAGCUCUUUGAACAUAAUAGGAAGUUAGAGUCUGUGGCUGAAGAACAUGAAAUACUGACAAAAUCCUACAUGGACCUUCUUCAGAGAAAUGAAACUACUGAAAAGAAGAAUAAGGAUUUACAGAUCACGUGUGAUUCUCUGAAUAAACAAAUUGACACAGUGAAAAAGUUGAAUGAGUCACUCAAGCAACAAAAUGAAAAAACUCUUGCCCAAUUAAUAGAGAAAGAAGAACAGAGAAAAGAAGUACAGAACCAACUAGCAGAAAGAGAAUAUAAGCUGGCAAAUUUGCAUCAAAAAACUAAAGUACAAGAAGAAAAGAUUAAAGCCUUACAAAAGGAAAGGGAAGAUAAGGAAGAAGCCAUUGAUGUCCUUAGAAAAGAAUUAAGCAGAACAGAACAGAUAAGAAAAGAGUUGAGUAUUAAGGCUUCCUCCCUAGAGGUUCAAAAGGCACAAUUAGAAGGUCGUUUGGAAGACAAAGAGUCCUUGGUGAAACUUCAGCAAGAAGAGUUGAACAAACACUCUCACAUGAUAGCAAUGAUCCACAGUUUAAGUGGUGGAAAAAUAAAUCCAGAAACUGUGAAUCUCAGUAUAUAAACAUUAUGACAUUUUGGAAUAUGUAAUAUAAUGAUAUUUUUGAUGUAUUUAUUGGAGGGGAUGGGUAGGGGAGGUGAAGUAUGACUCCCCAAACAAUAGGAAAUUAUUAUCUAGUUAUUAAUUAAGUAAAGAACCUGAUCUGAUGCAUGCUUUUAUUUGGUCUUUUGAAUAGAAUUGUUUUCAUUUUAUUUUACUUUGUUGCUGGCUUUUAUUACUUAAAGUUUUGGGGGGGCUUCUUACAUUAUCAUAUUCCUUUAACCUUCGUUAUCAUUUUUCUAAGGUUCUUUCCUUUUUUAGUUGCAUCUCUAAUUUGUUCUUAUUUAUUAUUAUUUAGGUCUUAGAGUCAAACUUUCUUGAUAUAACAGUCCUAAAGAUUAUACAUUAAGCACAAGUAUUAGUAAAAAGAGAAGUUAUGAUGCUGCUGGAGAAGUUUUUUUAUCUAAAGAAGCACAAAAGAAAAUAUUAGUUUAAGAUGAUUUUUUUACUACAUUUAAAAUGCAGUAAAAUAUACAGCAUAAAUUCUACAUUUGAAGAAAAUGAAGUGAAUAGUUACCAGAAAUGUAUAAAAAUUA